GAUAUUAAAAUUGAAGAGAAAAUGGCAAAGAAAAAUAUUGUUGAAAUGUUAGUAAAAACAUUAGAUCGUGAAAAUAUUGAAUUGUUAACAUUAUGUGUAACAUUCUUAAAAAAAUUAUCAAUACGUGGCUGUAAUAAAGAUGAAAUGGAUCGUUUAAAUUGUAUUGCGAAAUUAUCGAAAUUAUUGAAUUAUCAGGAUGCUGAAUUAGUGCAUGUUACAUUAAAAUUAUUAUUUAAUUUAACAUUUGAUAAGAAAAUACGUGCUAAAAUGCUACAUCAAAAUAUCGUUCCACAACUUGUUAAUUUAUUACGUGAUGAUAAACAUCAAAAUAUUGUAUUAAAAUUAUUAUACCAAUUUAGUCGAGAUCGUCGUACUAGAUCAGGAUUUACAUACACCGAAUGUGUUCAUCUUGUUACAGAUAUGGUUAUAUUAUCUCGAAACUCAACUGUGGAUAUUGAAUUAAUUGCAUUAUGUAUUAAUUUAUCAAAAGAUGAAGAGAAUGUUGAACAAUUAGUGGAUAAAAAUUUGGUUCCAGAUCUGUUAUGGCGUGCUUUAUUACAUAAAGAUCCGUUACUUAUGAAAAUGUUACGAAAUAUUUCUAAACAUUCCUUUGCUAAAGACAGCUUUUUGGAUUAUGUGGAAAAAAUUGCAGCGUGUAUUGAAGAACAAUAUUUUUCAAAUAUUGAUUUUGCAAUUGAAUCAAUUGGAAUUUUAGGUAACUUAAAUUUACCCGACAUUAAUUACGAACAAAUUUUUGUGAAAUAUAAUUUAAUUCCUUUUAUUAAAAAUGUUUUAAAAACCGCUGAAGAUGACAUAAUUUUAGACAUAAUCGUAAUGUUAGGCACUGCAAUACAAGUUGACAUCAAAUGUGCAGAACUUGUAUGUUGUCAAGAUUUAUUGACGCAAAUUGUUGAUCUUCUAAAUGCAAAACAAGUUGACGAUGAAAUUGUUCUACAAAUUGUUUAUGUAUUUUAUCAAAUACUUGCUUACGAACAAUGGCGUCCAUUUUUAAUCAAAGAAACAGAUGCUGUAGCAUAUUUAAUAGAUUUAAUGCGUGAUAAAAAUAAAAUUGUACGAAAAUGGUGCAAUUAUUGUUUAGAUUUAAUUGCAUUAUCAGAUCAAGAAUGGGCCUCACGCAUUAAAGUUGAGAAAUUCCGUGCACAUAAUUCUGAAUGGUUGGAUAUGGUUGAAAAUCAUGAUGUAGAUGCAAUGGACUUUGAAGAACCAGAUGAUGAUCUUCCACCAUUUAUUGAUGCUGAUUUUAUGAAUAAUGUUGAAUUAGGUCCAACUGGACAACGUAUUGCCUUAGAUUUGGAUAUCUUUAACACAGACAAUAAAGAUGAAAGUGGAGAAGACAAUAAGUCACCGAACAAUGAUGAAAAGAAAGAAUUCAUUCCAUACGCAACUGUCGAUACAUCUGUUUAAGCUUUGGAACCAAAUUAAUAAAAUUUUAGUCUUUUCUAAGUCAUUAAAAUAUAUUGAAAAUUAUUUUCAAUG